AUGACAGACCACCUUGAAGCAGAAUGGAACCGAUUCUUGAACACACAGCAGCACAGGUUGCGCAAGAAGCGGUACUCUAGCCUUGUCCAGCGACUGGAUUACCAAAGGCUCCUGGCCACCCUGACCGAUGAAAGCAGCAGAUAUGCGAACAACGGCGUCACUCGAGGUAUCAGCAAACUGCGACCGUGCCUAGACAGGCUAAAUGACUUCAUGCUUCCCAUCACCAGUAUAGUCCAGGCGAGCCCAGCAAUCGCCAGCUUCAUUUGGGGGACGUUACAGGCCCUCAUCGUGGUCUCGAGCAAGUUCAAUGAGACUCUCGAAACAGUGGUCAAUAUGAUUCAGGAUCUCACGAGCACCAUGACUAGAAUAAACAAAUACUUGAACCUUUUCCCCACGGAACCUGAUUUAAGAGCCUGCAUGCGGCAUCUGAUCGAAGAAUAUGUAGGCUUCUGCAUCACAACGAUGAAAUACUGUUCGAGGAUGCCUAUAUAUAAUCUCUGUCGCAUCUUUUGGAGUAGGAUUGACAGGAAAUUCGAGGAAGCUCGGGCGAGAAUCGAGAAUCAUGUGCGCGACUUUGAGUCCGAGAGGCAGUAUGCCGUUGACUCGGCUCUGGUACAGGGAAGCCGACGGAUAGAAGCCGCACUGCCUCUGAUGCAGCCUCUCAGCCGAACACCAAACAAGCUCUAUGUAGUACCGCACGCACAGAAUGCCCGAUUUUGCGGUCAGGCAGAUGUCCUCCGGCUGUUGCAGCAAUUUGUGGUUCAGGGACAAACCAGCGGGCGCCAGACAUCAAUCGCCCUGCAUGGAAUUGGAGGCAUUGGAAAGACCCAGAUUGCUGUUCAAUUUGCAUAUCAAUGCAGGCGAAGUGACUCUUUCGACUUCAUCCUCUGGUUCCGAGCAGAUUCGCAGGCCGAGCUGUCGGCAGGAAUGGCCUCGCUCACUCAUCCUGAUAAACUCAAUUUACCCCAAGUCGCCCCAGGAGCAGGCCAAAACAAGGAAGUUGAGUUGGUCCGUACGUUUCUCGAAUCGACGACACAGCGGUUUUUACUGGUCUUUGACAACGCCGAAAGCUGGGCCACUGUCGAGGCUUACCUACCCAGGUGCAUCUACGGAACGAUUUUGAUCACUACUCAGCACAAGCAGCUUGCUAAACAAGCCACCUACGCUCUCCCUGUUAAGCCGAUGGACCGGAUUGUUGGAGCACGACUGCUACUCAGUCAUCUGCCGGGUCAAGCAACAACAGAACAGAAGGAGAUUGCAAGGUUAAUCUGCGACGAGCUCGGCGGCCUUCCAAUUGCCAUCGCGCAUGUAGCCGGCUUUAUACGUGAAUUAACUGGUUUACAUGGUUUCCUGGAUAUGUUCAAGGAGCGCGCCAAUUCUUCUGCUAUCUUUGACCUGCCGGCGCCGACGACUGUGGCCACUUAUGAGAAAAGACUCGGCCUCGUCUGGGACUUUGCUUUGAAUCAGGUGUCAUCCGAUUCCUUGACUUUGCUGCACAUUCUGUCCAUGCUGAGCCCGGACGGAGUGCCCGUGGAUGAUUUACACCAUCGUGACCUUGAUUCAGAUUUAGCAUUUUUGCGAGACCCAAAUAACUUUGUAUUUCGCCAAGUUGUCAACCAGAUCACAGAUCGCCAACUCGUGGACUACCAGACUGUUGGGGGAAAUGCUUGCUUCGUGAUGCACCGAAGCUUACAACGCAGCAUCCUUCACCGACUCGACGGAGACCAGGAUCGCUUACAGCAUAUCUUCCAAAUCACGGCAGACAUGCUACGCCGUGUGGUUCCAAGACAGCACGAAGCUCAAAUUCCCUCGAGUGAGCUCUGGCCCAGUUGGGAACGGCGCAGACCGCAGGUGAUGAGUCUAGCAGACGUCUAUCGUCAGUCCGCAACUAAGCCAAAAGUGUCUAUCGACUUUGCCGAAAUGCUUUGUGACAUUGCGAAUUACUGUUGGGAAAGAUGCCUGCUGCGCGACGGUCUUGUGGCGAACCAGCUGGCAGAGUCCAUCUGCGACAUGAUCCAGGGGCACUUCGACCGCCGCGCUGACAUCUAUGCCAUUGGCGGCGGGCUCCGAAUGUACGACGGCAUCUCAGGCCGGGCGACGAAUUUCGAGGUUAGUAUGAAAGCCCUCAACCUCCGCCAGCAGCACAUCGACGAGACUCUGGACGAAACCAUCACUGCAAUGGACUGCUUCAAGUAUUCCAACGCUUGGAGCGACAUCGGCGAAACUCUCCUGGAUUAUGGCUGCUAUGCCGCCGCGGGUCCCUAUUUCGAGUUGUCGAUGAGCGUCAAGUACAAAAUCGGGACAGACAUUGUCUACCUCAUCAAUGAGUACCAUAAAGCCAUAGCCCUUGCUGGACAAGGUAUGUACGAGGCUGCGGUGCAAGAACUCCGGGAAGCAACUGCCACGAUGGAGUCAGUCAUGGGCCCGACAUGUGCUGCGGUUCAGAGUUUCCGGCUGGGUUUUGCUUGCUUACUACUUUGCGCUGGACAAUUGGAGCCGGCCCUCGACCAGAUUAACAAAGUGAUUUCCUGCAGGGAGGUUCUAUUUGGACGCUAUGGGCGGCCCACACUAGAUGCAUACUACGUAAUGUCUGUCAUUCAGGAAAGAAGAGGUGAUCUCACCAACGCAUAUUCUUGGUUGAGUAUUGCACUAGAUAGGCCGACGGACUGGUGCCCAGCAGACAUUGGUCGCGCAAACUGGAAGUCAGCGGUGCUGUUGGCCGCUUUGAAUCGGCAGACCGAGGCGAAAACACAUCAAGAUCGGGCCGACCACAUCAUGAGCGAACUUAAAUCAGUGGGAGAUUUUCGUCCAAGGCUGCUCACACUGGAAGGAGAAGCGUUAUGGGAUCACAUGGUUGCGUUAAGUGCGGGUCGGACGAGUUAUGGUUCAUUCGUGGAGGAUUCCAUCAGCUCUACCCUGGACGCGAGAUGCGCAGCAAUUGUGCACCAGCUUAGGCCGUUUCGGGACGGUCAAUGCGCGGUCGUACAAAUGGCUUCCAUCCUGAGAAGCCCAAAUGGUUCAAUGGGUGUCCCAUCAGGCUAA